AUGUUAUGCAUUUCAUGUGUGAGGCCCUUUAACCGGUGUAACCCAACCUAUCAACCGGCGCGAAUUGCGGGGCUUUAUAGAAAAGUAUUGUAAUUACACUUUAAACUGCGGUACUACUUGUAAUUAAUACGAUACAUAUCACAUUUCGAAGACAUGAGUAAGAAUCAUAAACGUUCGAAACAUCUAAAAUCGGAAAAGUCAAAAGUAAAAUUGAAAACAAAGAAAUCCAUCGAUCGGCCAGCAAAAGGCUUGAACGCUACGGAUACGUCGUUUAAAGUUAAAAAGAUAUUGAUACGUGAACAAUUAAAGCAACGAGAUGAAACGGAAAUUGUCAGCACUCGCAAAUUAAAUAUUGAUGAUUUAUUAACGCUCUUUCGACAUCAUAAUUCGACUGUGAGAGAAGAUGCUUUGAAACAAUUAAAAGACAUCUUAUUUCGACAUCCUCCAAAAUCAUUACAUUCACGAUUGAAUUCCUUGUUACACGGUAUUGCAGCUUUAUCUCUUGAUAAAGAGAAAGGUGUACGAACAAGUUGUUUUCAUGCGCUCAAUGUUAUUCUUGGUCGUAUUUCGAAUGAACAGUUGAUGCCCCUGUGUGAAAUCGUUAUGUCUUACUUGAGCUGUGCCAUGACACAUAUCGAUCCAUGUGUAAAACAAGAUUCUCUACUUUUCUUAGAUGUACUCCUACAAAAUUGUGGUAGUAUUGUGGCAAAGAAUAGUCAUAAAAUACUACUCAAUUUUUUAGGUAUGAUAUGUAGAUUACACAAUGAAGUUAGACCUGAAGCACAAUUAACAACGACUCUAAAUUCCAAAAGCACAAAUAUAAAUUGGAGAAUUAAAGUUUUGGAACGUUUAGCCAAUUUAUUUAUCUCUGUUGUAAACUAUAGAACGCUUUGUACGAAUACGCGGUCGAAUAUGGUACUUCCAAGAUCUAAAAGGUAUACCAGAUAUGUUCCUAUUUACAGCAACUGUGCAACUCGACUUUAUGAAAUUAAUCUUGAAGAUAUGAGUUCGUUAGAUAGUCGUGCAAAAGAAACUGUACCUCUAGAAGAAUUUGUAAAGUAUAUAGGUUUAUUGAUACCAUUGAUGUGUAAUAUUUGGCUCGAAGUAUGUCCCAAGGAUGAAAAAGUUGAUAAUUACACAGAGAUUACAAUUUUAAGUGAUGGAGCCACAUUAUUAAGAAGCAUCGUUAUAAUUAUACAAUCUAUUGCGGAGUACAUUGAUACGUUGGAUCACGACGAUUGCGAUGUGGAAAAUGUAAAACAUUGGUUUAAAGAGACGUUUCACGAUUCAUAUAUGAAAAAUUUUCUAUCAAGAUUCCCAUAUACUGAAGUAAAACCGCAUAUUAAUAAAUUCAGAAAGCGCCAAAAAGAUUUUUCUCAAAUGGAAUUUACAGAAGGAUGUUUGGAACAGAAUUUAGGACUUUGUCAAAUUCAUGCUUGGUUUACAUCUUUAUUUAGUCGUAACGAACAAUUUUCCAAAUCUACCAAGAUGUGCUGUGUAUCAGUUAUGAAAUAUUUAAAUGGUGUUGUUGAAAAUUGGUGCGACUCGUCCGUAUCAUCGCAACUAACUAAACUUCUAAGAACUUUGUUUUUGAAAGCUGGUACAAUUUGGUAUACCAACAGUAUUAGUUUAAAUCAUACUUUAAGAUUGAUUAUUGAAGCAGCUUCUCGUUUAGCUAAGAAAGAAUUGCAAUCACAUUUCUAUUUGAUUAUUGGUGAUAUUAUGUUGCAAAGCGAUUUGAAUGAGUUACACAGAGAGAGAGCGUUUGAAAACUUUGUUGCAAGCUUACCAAGUUUACUCCUGAAACCAAGCAUAGAUGACGUCGUAAUUCGUAUGAUCAGUCAUAUAGUUGUACGUUUUAAAGAAUGGAUCCGGGAAGAAUUGGUGGCUAAGCACGAAUCUAUUAUCGACAAUGCUAACAAAAUCGAUAUUGUAGGUUCACAUGAUGAUAAACAAUCGAGACUUAUGAUUUGUAAUCUAUUUUACUUUAUAGAUUCACAUGUUUAUUAUUAAAUAAUAAAUCAAUCAGCUUCAUGA